UGAAGAAAAGCGAGUUGUGAGGAAGAAAGGAGUUUAUUGGAGCAGACAGGACGGUACAGACCAAGAGAAACUUUGAGAUGGGCAACAUGGGCAACAUGGGCAACAUGGACGAUACGGUGAUAGGGCUGAGGAGCGUGCCGGAGCUACGGCCGUCUGCGGAGGAGUUUGUGCAUCCGAUCCGGUAUUUGUCACAGCCGGAGGUUGCGGAGAUGGGCGAGAAGUACGGGAUAUUGAAGGUGGUGCCGCCUGCGGAAUGGCGGCCGAGGUUUUCGCUUGACUGGGACACGUUCAAGUUCCACACGAGGAUCCAGCGGCUCCAUGAGCUCAACUUGCGGAACCGAUCGAGGGCCUGCUUUGUGGAGGGGUUCAACUGUUUUCUCCUGUCGCUGGGGGAGGAUCCGCUGGAGACGACGGAGGACUUGUGUCUCGGGGUGUCGGACGAGUUCCCGCUGCGGCCGGCGCAGCUGCGGCGGACGCACCUGAACGGGUGGAUGGAGCUGAAGGACGGCAGCCGGGUGCACGUGCACGACAUCUUCAUCAGCAGGGAAUAUCGCCGGUGGUUCUACCGGGUGCACGACACGGACAAGGAACUGCUGAAGCGGCUGACGACGUACUCGAAGCGGCUCCUGUCGAUGCUAGGGCUUGCUGAGGGGUCGCCGUCCGAGGCGGGUGCGGAGCCCAGCAGUCUGGCAGUCCCGGCAGAGGUGUCCCACACGACGCUGCGCCGGCUGAUGGUGUCGCCUGCGGCGCUGCUUGCGCAGCCGGCCAACCUGAAGCGGCUUCAGAGGAUGAAGAGCCGGAUGGCGAAGAGCGAUGGCGGCAGCAGGAAGAGGAGGCAUAUCAGCGAGGAGGACCCGUUAACUCCGCCGGCAGAGAAGCCGCAGCAGUUCAAGGCCGACGGGGACACGAGGCCGACGAGGACAAUGAGGACGACGAGGACAACGCCUACAACCAAGCCGUUUUUCCCGCUGACGCCCGAGAUCGUGUCGCCCGAGGCGCUCGACGAGACGUGUGUGGUGUGCCACAGCUCGGACUCGCCCGAGACGACGCUACUCUGCGACGGGUGCUCGAGAGCGUUCCAUAUGCGAUGCCUCCCUGUCCCGCUAGAACGGGUGCCAAAGUACGACUGGUUCUGCGGCGGGUGUCUUGCCGGGUCGACGGGGAUCUACUCGGACUACGGGUUUGAGGAGGAGUUCGAGAACCGGUUCAGCUUGAACGAGUUCCGCAAGUACUGCCAGGAGUGGGAGAUCGAGUUCUUGCAGUUGCUCCGGAGCGGCGAGUUGGGUGCGGAGCUGAAGUUGAAGCCCGAGGAGACCAUGAACCAGCUUUCGGAGACGACGAUCGAGAAGGUGUUCUGGUACCUCACGAACGGGAAGAUGCGGAUUCCGAGCGGGCUGGACAGCAUGAAGAUCCGGUACGGCGCAGACAUCCACAGCAGCGUGCCCGGAGAGCUUUCGGGGUUCCCGUCUGCCGACAACCCGAGGAUGCAGGAGGAGGACCGGGAGUACAUCCAGAGCGAGUGGAACUUGACGCGUCUCCCGUUUGCGCAGGGCAGCUUGCUUGAGUACGUGUGCGGGAGCAUGUCGGGCGGGUCGGGCGAGGCUGGGAAGGAGCAGAUAUCCGGGAUGUCGAUUCCGUGGCUCUACGUGGGCGGCCCGCUGUCGACGUUCUGCUGGCACAAGGAGGACCACUACACGCUGUCGGCGAACUACUCGCACUUGGGGGCGCCGAAGAAGUGGUACGGGGUGCCUGCGAAGGACUGCGGCGCGUUCGAGGAGAUCAUCAGCGGGAUAGCGCCGGAGUACGAGGCCAAGCAGCGGGACCUCAUGCACCAGCUCGUGAGCAUGGUGUCGCCGGACGAGUUGCGCCGCACGUCUGCCGCGGGGCAGCGACGGUUGGAGAUCUACGAGACGGUGCAGCGGCCGGGGGAGUUCAUCAUCACGUUUCCGAAGGUGUACCACUCGGGCUUCAACUACGGCUUCAACGUCAACGAGGCGGUCAACUUCACGCUCCCGCUCUGGGUGCCGUACAGCGUGUCUGCGGUGGACGAGUACGAGCGGGUGAGCAAGGAGUGUGUGUUUGAGACGUUUGCGUUGCUCCGCAAGAUUCUGGCGGACUUGGCCACCGACGCGGGCUGUGCGCAGUGGAUGCGGGACACGGGUGUCACCCGCCAGGCCACGGACGACGUGCGCCGCUGGGUGUCUGACAAGUACCAUGGCGAGGUGAGGCGGUUUCUGGGGGCGCUGGAGGCCCCGGGGCUUGCUGACGCUCUGCGGGGCAUGAAGCGGGUCAGCCUGCGGGAGUAUCUGGACGAGCGCCCCGCAGCGGGCGGCGCUAGCGGUCCAGGGGACAGUGACGAGGACGAGGACGAGGACGAGGACGCCGAGGGCGACGAGGUUGACGACAAGCUCUGCACCGACUGCAAGACGCGCGUGCACUUCCAGUGGGUGCUGGUGGACUUGUACGCGGACUGUCUGGCCCAGCUGCCCGGCGCCGGCGCCGCCGACGCCCCGCUGCCGACUGCCGGCCUUGGCAUCCGCCACCGCGACGUGGAGUCUGAGUGGCGGGCCAUUAUCGAGCGUGCUGAGGAGCAGCAGCAGCAGCAGGACCGCGGUCACGGCGACCGCCCCGGCGACGGCGACCGCCUGCGGCGGUCCAGCCGGCGGAUCCAGACCAAGCGCCUGCGGCCGGCGGCGCCGACCGCAGACGAGAAGGAGCGCAGGGAGCUGCGGGGGUCGUUGCUGGCGCUGCGGCGGGAGAACGCGUUCUUUGGCACGUGUGUCUUCUGUGUGCGGUGCUUUGGUCUGGAGCUGCGGCGGCUCGGGCCUGCCGAGCGGACCCGGGCGGUUGCCGCUGCCGUGCGUGUCGAGGAGUACACGACGGCAGAGCUCCGCCACGCUGCGGAGCUCUGCACCGUGGCGGCGGCCCCGCCAGCGCAGCCGAUGUAGCGGCAGACCCGGUGUGUGUAUGUGUAAUGUACCAU